AUGCUUGUUGAUGGAUAUGACACUACGCGUCCCCUGGAUUACCUCAAGCGCAUGCUGGAAAAAGACUUCUCUCGAUGUGGAAAAGUCUUGAAUGUAGAAGUUUUCGAUGAAGACGAAAACAAAGCUCUUGCCUCGAGUCCCGCUUACGUUGAUAUUGAGGGGAUACACGCACUAGAGAAGGCGCUGCUGCUUAAAUGUAAAGAGGAAGGACUGGAGAAUGUUAAAGUUUGUGUGGUUGACCUUCCAGCCAAAAAUGGAGCGCUAUGCUGUGGUGGGCCAAUCAUGACCUGGGAUCCAGUGUUUGAUGCUACAGCUCCUGUGGAUCCCAGUCUCCCUAAGCCUCCUCCUUCGUUCUGGACUGAGAUGAGUAAGGGGCCUUCGAUAAUCCGUUACGCACCUGAGGAUCCAUCUCUGCCUAAGCCAUGGAAAGCUCUUGUGGAUCGUCGCAGUGGGUUUAGGUACUUUUGGAAUACAGAGACUAAUGAUACCCAGUACAACGAACCUGAACGUGAUUCAGAUUCAGAGACUGAGGAUACCCAGCUCAACUCGUCCAGUAAUUACAAUCUCCGUAAACCUCGUCUUCCUCCUCCCUCCUCCUCAAACCAAAACAACAGUCUUCGUCUAGUCGAGAAAGUUCCUACACUCUGCAUUCUCGAAAGCGAGAAUCCGCAGAACCACAGAGAUCUGAUAUUUUCUGGAUCGGAUCUGUCCGCUAUGGAAGAGAAAAAGGUAGAAUCGACGAACAAAAAUGCUAAGAAGGCCAAUUUGUUGGACCACCACUCGAUCAAGCACAUCCUUGACGAGUCCGUCUCCGAGAUCGUCACGAGCCGCGGCUACAGGGAGGACGUGAGGCUGAGCAACCUCAAGCUGAUCUUAGGAGUGCUGAUUCUCUACAUUAAGGAGAAGAAUGCCAUUUUGUUCACCUAUCCUCCUGAGGGAUCGUUCACGAGCACUGGCUUGGUUGUAUCUUCAAAGCUGCCCAGAUUCUCUGAUCUGUACACUCUCACCAUCGACAGUGCUGAUCCAAAAUCAAUCUCAGCUGGGAAGUCAGUCCAGCUCACCAAAAGUGUCACCCAAUGGUUCACGACAGAUGGAGUUCUUGUUGAGGGUUUAUUUUGGAAAGACGUGGAAGCACUGAUCAAGGACUAUGCAGCAGAAGGAGAGCCAAAGAAGAGGAAAUGA